CUCCCAUCACGUGCAAUGCCAAAGGGAAAUAGCCGCUUACCUAAUGUUCGGAAGGUGCAGGAUCACCAACGCGGACUAAAGGCCUCGCACAUAAACAGCAACCUUGAGAGGCCAUCCACAUGCACCGUGGCCAGAAGACGUCACAUUACGGUCCUCAUCCCCACUCAAACCCCUCCGGCCUCGACAAACACUCAGCUAACCCAGACUAUCCUCUUGACUUGGCAGCCUCACUGAUCUCGAUUUACAACAACCACCCUGCGGCGCAAUGCCCUCAGCAACCGCAUCUGGUGCGGAUGCGAAGCCCAAUGGCACCGCCAAAUCGCGGGAUCACAAUCAGGGAAAUCAGGAUAGGAAAUACACGGUUGAGCAAAAGAGUGCGGUUUUAAGGGUCCGGAGGUGUCCGCCGACCGCGUUUUACGACAUCCUGGGACUGGAGGAAGUGAAGACGACUGUCACAGAUACGGAGAUAAAGAAGGCAUACAGGAAAUUAAGUCUGCUCACCCAUCCCGAUAAGAAUGGCCACGAGCACGCAGACGAGGCUUUUAAGAUGGUGAGCAGGGCUUUCGGAAUUCUGGGUGAUGCGGAAAAGCGGGCGAAGUUUGACAAGUAUGGAGGUGAUCCUGAUAGUCGAUUUGGCGGUGGGGCGCCGCAACAGAGUCCAUUCUCUGGAUUUGGGGGACGAACGCCCAGCUCGAGAGCUGGAGGGGGAGGUUCGAUGUUUGAGGAGGAAAUAAGUCCUGAAGAAAUGUUCAAUAGAUUCUUUGGUGGAGGUGGCGGCGGAUUUGGCCCCUUCGGUGGUGGUGGAGUGUUCGACGCCGGCCCGCAAUUUGUCUUCAAUCUGGGAGGGGGGCCUGGCAUCAGAGUGCACCAGUUUGGUGGAGCAAGACCUCGAAGAAGGCCACGAGAUCCAAACGCGCCCCCAGAACCUCCGGCCUCUCUGCAGACAAGGCUCAUGGGGUUAUUACCCCUGCUGUUCAUCUUGAUAUUGCCCAUAAUCUCAUCGCUCUUCUCUGGAUCUGGAUCUGCAGCAACUGGUCCCUCGAUGCGAUUCGACCGUGCUGUUCCACCGCAUACCCUUCACCGGCAUACCUCGCGAUUGAAAGUUGACUACUAUAUCAACCCUACUGAAGUAGAGAGUUGGUCGGCUUCGCAAUUUGCAAAACUCGACCAAAGGGCAGAAAUCAACUUCGUGCAGCGCCUGGGUGAAGAAUGUCAUCAAGAGGAAGUUGCAAAGCAGCAGUUAUAUAAUGAAGCACAAGGGUGGUUUUUCCAAGACCCGGAGAAGAUGCAACGGGCCAGAAACAUGGAAAUGAAGAGCUGCAGGAGACUCGACAGCAUGGGGGUUGCUAGAAAUAACUAUUGAAGGAGCUUGACCAUAUUUUCGUUGUACAUUUUGAGGCCUGUCUAUGGUAAGCAUGGCGUUUGGGACUGCAGCAUUCUGGGGCGAGUUAGUGGAUGACCUGGGUUUCCAAGGUUGCAUUGUGCCAUAAUAGACAAAUCGUCCUAUCGAUACCAAUGAACCCGUGGCCUUCCUUUUGAAUGUACAGAUUUAGACUCGAAAACAGCGACUCGGUCUGCGCUUCUCUUGGUGAACUUGGUCUGAACCAGUACUUGUGAACCUUUCAUCUGUAGGUAAGAGCACAUGGCUGCCAAUGUCCCCUGCAUGAUCCGGACAUUGAUAUUUCCAUCGA